GCCGCCAGCAACCAGUCCGGAGCGCGCGAGGCGCCGGGUGACUGAGACCCCGGUGAGAGCCGCCUACCUGCAGUCGUCGCCCACGGCCGGGCCGCCAGCAUGGCGCUUCUGCUGCGCGUCGUGCUCCUGUGCGGAGUCGCUGAUUUCGCCAGAAGUUUGAGCAUCACUACUCCCGAACAGAUGAUUGAAAAGGCCAAAGGGGAAACUGCCUAUUUGCCAUGCAAAUUUACCCUUGGUGCAGAAGACCAGGGCCCGCUGGACAUUGAGUGGCUGCUAUCUCCAGCUGAUAAUCAGAAGGUGGAUCAGGUGAUUAUUUUAUAUUCUGGAGACAAAAUUUAUGAUGACUACUAUCAAGAUCUGAAGGGACGAGUACAUUUUACAAGUAGUGAUCUCAAAUCUGGUGAUGCAUCAAUAAACGUAACAAACUUACAGUUGUCAGAUAUUGGCACCUAUCAGUGCAAAGUGAAAAAAGCUCCUGGUGUUGGAAAUAAGAAGAUUCAGCUUACAGUUCUUGUUAAGCCUUCAGGUACAAGAUGUUACGUUGAUGGAUCAGAAGAAAUUGGAAAUGACUUUAAACUAAAAUGUGAACCAAAAGAAGGUUCACUUCCAUUACGAUAUGAAUGGCAAAAGUUGUCCAACUCACAGAAACUGCCCACCUCAUGGUUAGCAGAAAUGAAUUCACCUGUUAUAUCCGUAAAAAACGCCACUACUGAGUACUCUGGGACAUACAGCUGUACAGUCAAAAACAGAGUGGGCUCUGAUCAGUGUCUGCUACGCCUGGACGUUGUUCCUCCUUCAAACAGAGCUGGGACAAUUGCGGGAGCUGUUAUAGGAAUUUUGCUAGCCCUCGUGCUCAUUGGUCUUAUCGUCUUUUGCUGUCAUAAAAAGCGCAGAGAAAAAAAAUAUGAAAAGGAAGUUCAUCAUGAUAUCAGGGAAGACGUGCCGCCUCCAAAGAGCCGCACGUCCACGGCCAGAAGCUACAUGGGCAGCAACCACUCAUCCCUGGGAUCCAUGUCUCCUUCCAACAUGGAGGGGUACUCCAAGACGCAGUAUAACCAAGUACCGAGCGAAGACUUUGAACGCGCUCCUCAGAGUCCGACUCUCGCGCCUGCUAAGGUAGCUGCCCCUAAUCUCAGCAGGAUGGGGGCGGUGCCCGUGAUGAUCCCGGCACAGAGCAAGGAUGGGUCCAUAGUGUAGAGCCUCCGUGUCCGCCGCCUGUGCUCCCCGCGUGUCUCCUUCUCCAAGUGUGAACACCUAUUCUGUUUUAAAUUUUGCUACCAGCCUCAAAAUAUAUCCGAAAGAAGUCAAACAGAAACUGAAGAACUACACUACAAAAAGUUUUGUUUGGUUAUACUGAAAUAGUAAAGGCAUUAAAGUUCUAAGGACAAGUUCACUAAGUAAGAGCUUGAUUUUUUAGGUUUCUGGAUAUCAAUGCUUAAGUCAGAUGUAGCACUUUGAAUAUGAAAUCAUAGGUGAAGAAAUAAAUGGUGAACUUACAUGCACACUAAGUUGAUACUUGAAUCAUCUGAAAGUGGUACUUUAUAAUUUCUACUGUUAUUUUUAGGUUGCCUUUUGCAAUUAAUUUAUGACCCAGUAGUGGGCUUCCCCCCCCCCCCCCCCCAAAUUGGUAAAGAAAGAUUCAUAGCAGAAAUACUGAGACAUUUAUGUUUGUCCUUGUUUUUCCUUUGAAAACUCUAAACGUUUGAACUAUGUCUAAUAAAUAGAAAACACUACAGUGUUCUAGAAAUCACUAGUUCCAAGUCAUUCAUAGACCUUGUGUAUGAAAUGACUUCUUAAGUAUUUGGUUGAUAGAUUGUUGUGGGCACCAGGAACGUAGUAGCUCUUUUAUAUGCCACAAUAAAGGAGCAUAUAGCAGAUUCAUUCAGAAAACUUGCUGUCAGCUGCACACGGCAGCGACACUAGCAGUGCAGUGGUGAGGAUGGGUUUUGUUGAUGAGGGUUCCGAUGCCUUGAAGCCCGCGGUAGCCUUCAUAAUGGUGACCUGCUAUGUCAAAGAUGUGUCGUAUUUUGCGGUUCCCAGCUAAACACUGGCCCUCUACUGUAGGUGAUAUUUUUGUAAUAGGAAAAAAAGUAUAACUCAUUUAUUAUUUGACAUUUAUAGAUUAUCUUUAAUUUCCUAAUUAUUGGUUCUAAAUUUUAAUGCCCCCGCCUUGUUCAGUGUGGUUUUUUUGUUUUGUUUUCGUGAUGGUGUAGUAUAUUAUAUUAGAAAUAUAAUCUUAAAUUUACCCUCUUGAAUGCAGUUCCUGGAGGAUAUUUUUCUUCCUAGACUUAGAAUGAUGAAAUAUACUUUUAAACUAGUAAGUGUCCUCUGUCAAUUCUAUAUUUCAGACUUGGGAGGAUGUACUGUUGCUAUCGUAUGGCCAACAUGUCUUGUGUAGUUGCAGAAAAUCAAGUUGAGCUUUGAAAAGUUUGUCUUAGUUUUGUGGAAGUGACUUAAAAAAAAAAAAAGGAAGAGAGAAAUGAAAGGAAAAGGAGUAACAGGAAUACUCCUAACCGCCAAAUACGUUAAAUACUGUUUUAGUACAUGAAAGUGAAUUAAUUGUAUUUCCCUUAAGACUGAGGGAGCGUGGAUAGAGUAGAAUGAGCCAACAGUUUCUUUAUAGUACAUAAGGUCGGCAAUAAAUUACUUCACUAGCACUAAAACCUUUUCCCUAGAUUUUAGUAGGGAGCUGGUUUCUUUUCAUCUCUUUGGGUGCUGUGGUGGUAAAUGCUACAUUAUAAAUUAAUGUUGGCAUGAAUUUAUGGCUAGGCAGAGUAUUGUGUACACUUUUUAAUGGUAAAUUUAAGCUGAAUGUGUCAUGGAUUAGUGUAUAGUUUUACAUAUUUGGAAGGGUUUUUUAAAUAGAUUUUUAACAUUACAUACUAUUGCUUUUAUACAUGUGUUUUCAUUUUCAUCUGUGCCUUUUGGGUAAUUUAAUUUUUAUUAUGAAUUUCUGGUGCCUAUGAGCUGGCUAUCACCUGAAAGGUGCUUAGAGGUGAAGGUACUGUUGCUAACAACACAUCACUGUGAUACCAUCUGUCCUCCUCUCAGUCUUGCCUCCUCUUUUCUGUUCUUUUUGGCUGCAAGUUAACUGAUUGUGUUACUCAAAGUUUUUAAAAUUUCAACAUCCCAACACUCUUUGACUGUGUUUCUGAUUUUAUAACAAUAACUAUUUUUGAAUAUCAGAUAUCUGGUCUGUUUUAUAUGAAUACAAUAUUUAUAAGAUAUAAGGAUAAAUAACCGAGCACGAACACUAAUGAUAAGUUUUUGGUCCUCUUUAUUCCCAGUUUUCAUAUAAUGAAGAUGAUCAAUCUAAGUAGAAGUUACUAUAAAAAGUAGACAUAUGUAAGGCUUUUCCUUCCUUUAGACUUUGUAGUUCAUAGUCUAGGAUUUGGCUGUAAGUAAACUAGAAUCUCUUCCAAAAACGCUUCCUGCUGGUUCAGGUCCAAGCCACCUACAGUCUGAGAAACAGGUUCAUAAAAAGCGACUCUGUGACCUGAAGAGACCUUUUGGGUGUGGUUGGGUGUAGAGGACAGAAUUCAGUUUAGGUGUACACCUCCAGCUACUCGCAAUGUAAAUUUCAGUUAAUCCAAAAGUCAGAUAGUACUGAUAAAUUCCCAAAUAAUUCUCGCUGAUGGUUUCCAUUGAACUAGAGAUCAAAUAUUUGUUCUAGAAUUAUUAUUGGCAGUCAUCAAGCAAUUCAACAAAAAUUUUUAUUCAAGCAUUUCCAUCAGAGCCGAACGUGAGUCACGGAUGGCACGCAAAGUGCUUCCGUUCCAUUUUAUACCUAGGAGACUUGACGCCAUCUUUUUUGAGUUAUGCAGGACAACUUGGAAAGAAAUGAUGCUGUAGAGAAUGUAAUUCUGUACUUUGAAAAUGUAGAUCACCAGUAUUCUUUUUCUUAUUGGCAAUCUUACCAAUAUUUCCCCGUUAGAAGGCCAAAACAAAAGAAAAUCUUAUUGAUCAUGUUGACCAGUUAAUCCAGGCAGAUAACUUCCUUUGCAUUUGGCCUAUCUGCCAUGGAGUUGUUAUAAUGGAAACACAACCUGAGCGUGUCUUAGUGGGAAGAUUAAUUCAAGAAACACAGUUAAAUUACUGGUAUGUAUAAAUACCUGAUUUUUAUCAAAAAGGUAAUUUUUAAGAUUGAGUUCUGGAAAUUUGGAGCAAGUGAAGGGGCAGGGAAACAUUUUGAUUAAAUAUAAAGAACUCAUUGCAUGAAGUUGGAUGUCAAAUUCUAUAAUGUAUGGCUUCUUAAAAUAACUAUUCUCUGUCUUUUUGUGUGUGUGCAGCAUGUAAAUUGAAGUUAUGUGAAUGUUUAAAGUUUUUUUCUUAAUCUCUUCAUCUUCACAGUGUUUAGGGCUUUCAGAUGCCUUAUUCCAGUGUGAACAGAAAAAGUCCGUAUUUUUUGUGGUUAAUGCUUUGAUGUGUCAUGUAAGGAGUAGUUUGUAGAAAAUGUUGGCACAGUUUUAACUUUUUAGUGGCUUGUGACAUUAUAUUAUAUAUAUAUAUGUACAUAUAUCUUUAUAAUAUUUCUGUGUUUAGUAGUAUGAAUGUUCUGGGCAAGUUUUAAUAUUUUAAAUGCCUUUGGAUAUUCUUGCAAUAAAGUCAACAUGUUCAGCAGCUGGAUUUUUUUUUUUACUUGUUUGACACUAAAAUGGUCCAUAACUGAGCACAAAUUCUACUUAUAAAUGUUACAGAAGCAGGGAAGAAUAAUAAAUAAAUUGGUGAACUGUGGUUCUGUGUAUCUUAUGGAUGGUAACAGUAUCAAAUAUUUGCUUCAUUGGCUUCUUAGUAGUAAUUAAAAUCCAGUUUUACAAAUUACACUGUUUUGUAAUUUCAAAGUGUGGCGAACAUCUAUUGGGUUUGGUUUUGGUCCUGAACACCAAGAGUUCCAAGGAAGAACUCUGUGUUUUCUGCUUUAUUUAACAGCACAACUGUUAAGAGAACCGUAAUUCACUGAUUCACUUAUUCUCAUUCCUGUGAAUUUUUGUGAUAGAUUUGUACUACUGAGAAGUAUUUUGACACUUUACAUACGCAAGUAGAGAACUGAUAGUGUCAGUUUCAGGAAAAAAAAUGAUUUUUUGUAUUUCAAGUUUCUGGCUUAAAUAUCCAAUGGUGCAGAUUUUGAGAUUUGUUAAGAACACAUUUUGGUUAAAAAAAAAAACUUGCUCUAGUUUUGUGAGCUUGUGUACUUUUAAAAUAAAAUCAAGAAAGCAGU